GAGAGAUGCUGGGAUUUAUGGCUCACGGUUUUUCCACUGCAUUGUCGAUGGAAACUUGUUCACCUAACGAGCUGCUCUUUCUUCUGUGUGCAGAGGGAUCGGAGAGCUGUCCUGCCCGAGCAAGAGGGCUCAGGUGCAGGUCCCCUGCCCCCACUCAGCAGCAAAAAGGAAGAUUUCUGCCGGCUGAAUAAAGAUGUGGGCCCCUGCAUGGGGAUGAACGUUCGGUUCUUCUACAACUCCUCUUCUAUGGCCUGCGAGACCUUCCACUAUGGUGGCUGUCUUGGGAACGGGAACAACUUCCCUUCGGAAAAGGAGUGUCUUCAGACCUGCAGAACUGAGGCGGCCUGCAGGUUACCCAUAGUUCCAGGGCCCUGUCAGCAACCAGUGAUGCUCUGGGCCUUUGAUGCAACCCAGGGCAAGUGCACUACCUUCAACUAUGGAGGCUGCCAGGGCAACGGGAACAAGUUCUAUACGGAGAAGGAGUGCAAGGAAUACUGCGGGGUCCCGGCAGACGGAGAGGAGGAGUUUCUGGGUUUGUCCAACUGAAGGGGACCCGGGGAUGGGGAGUGACAGCUGUAAUCGCUAAAAAGCCCCAGCAGGAGGCCCCUGCUAGGAGAGCAUUUGUAAUAAUGUUUGUGCUGAUUGUGUGCAGAUCAGGUUUAAUGAACAGUAAAUGUCUCUAAAAUAAACAAUGAUAAAUGAG